AUAGGACCGUGACGUUAUCAUUCGUGCUGCUGGCGGAAUACCGGUGGAGGUUUAACACGGAUGUCAACAAACUAGCGAUUUCAACGAUUUUUCCCCCCCAUUAAAUAACCCAUAAGUGACGACUAAACGCCAUCUGUAUAUUUGUAACAUCAAUAGCCUUUCACUAGCGUCUGUCUGUGUGUCAGACAGUCUGCUGCUACUAUGGCUUACCUGGGCGAUGAGCAUACAGUGAGGGAGCUGAGGAGGGCUCUGUCCAACCCAAACGUCCAAGCUGACCACCUACGCUACAGAAACACCAUCCACAGAGUCAUCAGAGUGAUGUCUCAAGGACAAGAUGUAUCUGGGUUGUACAGUGAGAUGGUGAAGGCAUGUGCAACGGCAGAUAUUGUCCAGAAGAAACUGGUGUAUGUGUUUCUGUGUGCCUAUGCCAGUCUGAACCCUGAGCUGUCUCUGCUGGUAAUAAACACCCUGAGGAAAGACUGCUCGGAUCACAACCCCAUGGUUCGCAGCCUGGCCCUACGGAACAUGUGCAACCUCAGGCUCCCAGGUCUAUCACAAUAUGUGCAGCAGCCUCUUACAGUGGGACUGAAGGACAAGGCGGCGUGUGUUCGUAGAGUGGCUGUACUGGGCUGGGCCAAGAUAUACACAUUACAACCUAACACAGAGACAGAUGUAGCUGUAGUGAAUGAGUUGUAUGGGUUGUUAAGGGACCCAGACCCGGUAGUCAUGGUGAACUGUCUCCGGGCACUGGAGGAGAUUCUACAGGAAGAAGGGGGCGUGGCUAUCAACAAACCCAUUGCUCACCACCUCCUCAACAGACUGAAGCUAUGUGAUGUGUGGGGCCAGUCUGAGGUGCUAGCGGUGCUCCAGCGGUAUCGGCCUCGCAGCGAAGACGAGCUGUUCGACAUACUAUCUCUGUUAGACCCCGCCCUUCUCUCGCACCACGCCCCCGUCAUGGCCGCCACGCUCCGCCUCUUCCUGUCCCUGUGUUCCACGCUGCCUGCCGUGUGUAUGUCGGCACUUGAGAGAGCACGGGGCCCCCUCCUGGCUGCCGCCGGCAGCACCUCCCGGGAACUACGCUAUGCAGCGCUAUGUCACAUCCAGCUGCUGCUCCGUUCUGAGCCUGGUCUGAUGGGGGAACACUACAAACGCUUCUUCUGCGGCUAUGCUGAACCACCUUACAUCAAACAGAACAAGAUGCAGGUGCUGGUUGAGUUGGUGAAUGACGACAACGUGGCGAUGGUUCUGGACGAGCUGAGAGGAUACUGUACUGACGUCAACACUGAGACCUCACAGACUGCUAUCAACGCUAUAGGUAGUAUAGGGAGGAGCUACACUGACAGGUGUCUGGCCAUCCUCACGGGACUACUGGGGCUGAAGCAAGAACACAUCACCUCUGCCGUGCUCCAGACUCUGAGGGACUUAGUGUGGGUGUGUCCUCAGUGUGGAGACACAGUGUGUUCAGCUCUGGAAGGAUGGGAGGACAAUAUACAGGACAGUCAGGGUCGUGGGGCCUUGCUGUGGCUGCUGGGUGUCUACGGGGACAGGGUGACUGGCGCCCCCUAUCUGCUGGAGGACUGUAUAGACGGGGUGAGGAGUGAGGUGUUAGCGGAGGUCAAGACAGAGCUGCUCACUGCAACACUACGGCUGUUCCUGUCCAGACCUGCUGAGACUCAGGACAUGAUGGGACGACUGCUGGUCUACUGUAUAGAGGAGGAAGUGGACAUGUGUGUGCGUGACCAGGCCCUGCUGUACUACCGGCUGUUGCAUUGUGGGAUUGAGGAGGUCCGUCAGGUCCUCCAGGGUGGACGACGGUCAGACCCCUCUCUGGGGCCUCUGAUUGGACGGCCCCCUGAGCCCAUCAGCCAAUGGGCAUCCAGUUUCAAUACCUUGGAGCCUCUAACCCUCGGAGCCUCUACUGUGGGGAACUCUGACCCCGCGACCCCCAAGCCCUCCACACUGACCCCCAACACCCUGACCUCUAACGCUGAAGCCAUGACCCCUACUACACCAGGAGACCCCCACCUUCAAGACUGCAGUAGUGGAGCUCUGAGUCUGUCUGUGUCUCCAGCUCUGACCCCUGAGGAGUUUCAACGCCUGUGGCUGCAGCUGGAGAAGGGGGCGUGUCUGGAGGUGUGUGUGGCGUGUCCUGUUCCCCGCUGUUCCCCUGAGGGCCUGCAGGUGGCGCUACAGCUGGUCAACAUCCAGACGCUGGCUUUCACCCCCCCAAACACACACCCCUGGAGGGUGUACCUCUACACACACACCUCACACAUCUCUACAAAGACACCACACACACUCAUACUGGCAGAACUACUACACACUGGAGGAGAGGGAGAGGAGGAGGAGGACCAGGCUCACCGGUAG